GUCUCGAUGAUGCAGCCAAGCGGGUGCUGAUGUGCGCCUAGAGACAGAAAUCGAGCGUCUUGCUCAUUACGACUGAUCGAUUGCUGCCGAGCAAAUGGCAGAUGCAGGGACCUUCCCCACAUGGUUCAUUCAUGCAAUUUUAAAGCAAGCAUCCACCGCGCCCAGGCCGGUAUGGGGGAGGAUACUCGACCUCUGCACUCUUUAACAACCCACGCAGAAAAUUUCGCACUGACACCGAAUGGGACAGGCCUGUCGGCCAUCGCACCUACUUCUGAUGGAGACAGAUCAGGUGGAUCAACACCUUCUCAAGGCAAGAAUUUCGAGUUCGUCCUAGUGACGGACAGUGGAUCUCGACGCCAAGUCCGCCGCCAUGCGAUGCGCCAAUAUAUGCGCAAGCGCCGUCUGGACAGCAUAGCUCGACUCGAUUCAUCUCGUCUCUACGUGGGUGGUUGGUCGACUCGUCAAGACGCAGGAUCUUCGUCCCCGUUCUUGGCUUUGGAGGUGGAAGACGCACAGGAUGAAGAGCACGUUGCAGUCCAAAAGUCUACCUUCAUAAACCCCAAGCAGCAUCUUACGGGGCCUCAUAAAUUAGUAUCAAAUCGGAAUGUCUGGGAUAGCACAGCUCCAGCAUGCCUGGAGCCACACAGCAAACCUCCUAGUCUAGGAUAUACUCCUGGAGAUGGAGUGCUGUUCGAUCCAUUCGACUCGUUUCCGAUCGCCAUAGAUUCAAAUGAUCAUCAAUUGAUCCAACACUUUGUUUCGAUAUAUCCCUCUAUGAUGUACAAGCUUCUCGACCCCAUGCCCAAAAAUCCCAUGAUGAAAAUCUUCCAGCACAUUGCUAUGUGCGACCCCGUUCCUUUUCAAGCCAUGCUUGCAAUUGCCUCCAAACACCGGGCUGGAGUUGAAGGUAAGACAGAAUCCGUCCAGAGCCUCACGCACAAGAUGCGGGCCUUGCGACUCAUCAAUGAGUGCAUCCAGACCAGGCCAGAUGGAUACCUAGACGGAAUAAUCUACGCCGUGGCUACAAUGGCUGUUAUUGAGAAAUGGUCGAAAGAUUUCUCUGUUGAGCAAAUGCACUUCAGCGGACUUGCGUCGAUGAUUCGAAGCCGAGGAGGCAUGCGAGGCUUGCAUGCCGCAAACAAGUUCCUAGAAAACAUAAUAUAUUGGGUCGAUUAUAGUUGCGCUUCGAAUGCCAUCGUAGGCAGCAGUCUCCCUUGGACCGGUGAUGCAUCAGAUUCCCUCCCCCAAAGCCUCGACUUUUUAGUCAGCGACUCACAAUUCCACCUUGACCUUUCUCACAAUCCAUCGCCUGCCAACGAUCCUGAGGAUAUGUACGACCACGUUUGCGGAUGUGAGGACUUUCUUCGGUUUUUCAGACGUCUGCAUGAUUUAGAGCAUAGCGCCUUGAAUUCACCUGGUGGCAUAACUGGCGACUUUCCAGAACCCCAAAGCCGUUUCGGAUCCCAAACGAAGCUCUUUUCCAUUCUCACUACCCUUCCGGAUUACGACCAUGGCAUCAGAGACGUCCGUUUUAUCGAUGAAUACUCAAGCAUGGCCUGCCUCCUCUACCUCAAUGUUGCACUGUACGACUGCUACCUUAAUUCGACGCCAUUCGACCGUUAUCUUGAUUGGGUACAUCUGGAAAUCCAGCGCCUCUCUCCGCAUAGCAACCCUAGUAUUGCUGCAGUGCUUUGGCUGUUUCUCACGAAUGGUGGCUAUCCUCGCGGUGAAUCCGGCGACGCAGGGGAAAGGAGCUGGGUCGUUUCUCGGAUGCUGCGGGUUGCCAAGCGUCUAGAAUGGAAGCGUCAGGGGGCUCUCUGGGAAUGCCUCCGUCGCGUGUUAAUCGGGUUCCUAACCACUCAGCAAGAAUGCUCCUUGGGAUCAGCCCAUAUCAACGAACACGCGCUCGCAGCUCGACAAAGAAAGCAAUCUCGAUCCGACGGCUAUUUCUGGGAUGAAGACGAGAUGAGAAGAAAUAUCCUGGGGCUUGAAACGCCUAUUAUCACGAGCUGCUCUGCGGCAGACUCUCUGAAUUCUGGUUAAUGGCACAUGCAUCUGAGUGUAUAUAUCUAUACAUGUACUUAUAAACAUUAAAUAACUAUGUCUCUGUGUCUCCAGACGCAUGCUGGGACAGGAGGAAAGCAUGGCGAGAUAUAAUAAGCAACAUGUUCUAUGAAUUUGUGCCACGAUAUCUGGACUUAAAUCAUGUUGAACUUGGAGAAGUAUACUAUUGAAUCAGGAAGGAAUGCCUUCGACG